GGCACAACGGGCGGCGACAGACACUGGUGUCUGAGCCGCGACAGAGCGAAAACGAACUCAUCUCUGAUUCAUCUGUUUGUUUGAUGUUCAGAAAUCUCAAUUUCUACAGAGCGUUUGGGCGGAGACAAAAUCCAAUCGAUUCCAAUCCCGAAAACAGGCAGAAGAAGGAUGCCAGAGAUAUUAGAGCCAAACACCUGCAUACGAGGCUGCUGUAGCAGCGCCAAAAUCCCUCUCCAUCUCCGCUCUUCUUCAUAUUCUCUCAUCCAACCAAUCGCUCGAGGUUCGGAAAGUGUCGUCUACGAAGCAAGCCUAGAUGGCAGAAGAGUCGCAGUCAAGAAGCCGAUUCUAUCUACAUCUGACGAUCUCGACAAAUUCCACAGGGAAUUGCAGUUAUUAUGCCAGCUGGAGCAUCCUGGUCUGGCCACGUUGGUUGCGGUGCAUGCGAGGCCCCCCAAUUACAUGUUCUUCUUCCGAUUCUAUGAAGGCAGAAAUCUUGCUGAGAAGUUACACGUGGAAGAAUGGAAUGCGGGUAUUCAUGAGGCGCUGGGAAUUGCGGUCCAGCUAGCGAAAUCUCUGCUGUACCUACAUAACCUCGGGAUUCUUCACAGAGAUGUGAAACCAGCAAAUAUUCUUCUAGCACUUGUGGUGCAGCUUGAUGGAAACCUUCAGCCACACCUUGCAGACUUCGGCUUGGCAGCAUAUAAGAAAGAUCUUAAGCAGGUCUCUGUUGAAAAUUGGAGAUCAUCUGGAAAGCCAACUGGUGGGUUUCAUAAAAAGAAUAUGGUUGGAACACUCAUUUACAUGGCACCUGAAAUAUUGAGGAAAGAUGUACACACAGAGAAAUCAGAUGUCUACAGUUUUUCCAUCUCAAUCAAUGAGCUUCUUACAGGUGUUGUUCCUUACACUGAUCUUCGUGCAGAAGCCCAGGCGCACACAGUGCUCGAAAUGAGCUACACUGAGCAACAACUAACAGCAGCUGUUGUAUCUGAAGGCCUGCGUCCUGUUCUUGCUGGUCCUGAAUCAGGUGCACCGUCGAGUCUACUGUCCCUUAUUCAGAGGUGCUGGGAUUCAAAUCCUCAAGACAGGCCUUCUUUUGAUGAAAUAGUUGAGGAACUUAGUUCAAUCAUGAAGCACAUAAACAAAGUAGAGAAAGUGGAAAAGAUCCCUGGAGAACCUGCUUCUUUCAGUGAUCAGCAUUUAACUGAAAUCAAUGACCCUCGAGAUUACCAAGAACAUAUAAACUGGUUCAGUCAAGGGGAGAAAUCGUCCAAGCAAAGUUCUGCUACAGCUAACCCAUGUUUCAGCAUCUGGCCCAAUUCCUCACACGAUCUUUCUACAUACCGUCCAAUAUUGACAUGGGGAUCUUUCGCAACGUGCGGGAGAAGGGAGACCAUGGAAGAUACACAUUUUUUGCUACCUCAGUUGUGCAAUGAGAAGGAUAUCCAUGCGUUUGGGAUUUUCGAUGGUCAUCGAGGUGCGGCCGCUGCUGAAUUUUCUGCUCGAGCACUACCAAGAUUCUUGCAAUCAUUGGGUUCUACAAGCAGCCCGUCAGAUGCAUUAUCUGAAGCAUUCGUGAAGACAGACAUUGCAUUCAGGAAUGUGUUGGCAUCACACUCUAAAUCGAAAAGAGUUAUUCAGAAAGAUUGGCAUCCUGGUUGCACUGCAGUUGCUGCAUUAAUUGUCAGGAACAGGCUUUUCGUUGCAAAUGCUGGUGAUUGUCGGACAAUCAUAUGUCGCAGUGGCCGUCCAUAUGCUCUUAGUAAGGAUCAUGUAGCAAGCUGUCCCGAGGAAAGAGAACGUGUUACCAAGGCAGGCGGACAAGUAAAAUGGCAGGUGGACACGUGGAGGGUUGGUACAGCUGCUCUUCAGGUCACUCGAUCGAUUGGCGAUGAUGAUUUAAAGCCUGCCGUAACAGCAGAGCCUGAGAUAACGGAGACUAAACUGUCCAUAGAGGAUGAGUACCUGGUUAUGGCUAGUGAUGGGCUUUGGGAUGUUAUAAGCAACGAGGAAGUAGUGUCCAUCAUCAGGGACACUGUCAAAGAGCCCGGAAUGUGCUCCAAGAGACUGGCCACAGAAGCUGCUGAACGUGGAAGCAAAGAUAACAUCACAGUCAUUGUCGUCUUCCUUCGCCCAGUCUCCACUGCCGAGAGGAUUUACUAACUUGAAGCCCUUUCUAUUUCCUGCAUGAUUGUUUCCUAUAUUCAAUGCGGAUUCGCCGUGAAUGUUCACAGAUUCAUGCCUCAAGCAAAUGUAUCUUAUGGAGUGUGUUAGGUGGACCGCGAUCCGCUGGUGGGGUCGGACAACCACUUACCACAUUGAAUAUGCUUUGAAUCCCAAUUAAUUGAGGUAAAGGUUUAGAUGAUGAUGAUGAUGAAAUUGUGCUGUCUGUUGCUAGAUCCUCUCCAUUGGAUUUUAUGCCCUUCCCAUUAGAUUCCAAACAUGUACCUCAUUUAUUAUGCCAAAGUAGAUCCUUAAAAUAAGGGGCAUGAAUUCUUGCCUCUACAUGAUUUAUUGCAAUUUGCAAUCUUAUUUUAUUGUA